CUUCCUCCUGAAAUCAUGGUCUUCGCGGCAGUGUUGAUGGAGUCCCAUCCUGGGGCGUCCAACACGACAUUUGUAGUCUAUGAAAAUUCCCACACGAAUAUUACGCUCCCUCCCCCACUGCAGCAGCCCGGGCUUGGUCCUCUGCUCAGAAACAGCUUUGAAACCAUGAGUCCCAGUGGGUUGAAUUCCUUGACAGUGAAUAGCACAGCUGAGCCCCCGACACCGGAAAACCUGAAGAGCCUAAACCUGCCUCUCCAAAUCAUCUUUUCGGCGAUAAUGAUCUUUAUUCUGUUUGUAUCUUUUCUGGGGAACUUGGUUGUUUGCCUCAUGGUUUACCAAAAAGCUGCCAUGCGAUCUGCAAUCAAUAUCCUCCUAGCCAGCCUGGCUUGUGCAGACAUGUUGCUCGCAGUGCUCAAUAUGCCCUUUGCCCUGGUAACUAUUCUUACAACCAGAUGGAUUUUUGGGAAGUUUUUCUGCAGGGUAUCUGCUAUGUUCUUCUGGUUGUUUGUGAUAGAAGGCGUCACCAUCCUGCUCAUCAUUAGCAUCGACAGGUUCCUGAUUAUAGUGCAGAGGCAGGAUAAGCUCAAUCCGUACAGGGCAAAGGUGCUGAUUGCGGUUUCCUGGGCCACUUCUUUCUGUGUAGCUUUUCCUCUGGCCGUGGGCAACCCUGAUCUGCAGAUCCCUUCCCGCGCCCCGCAGUGUGUGUUUGGGUAUUCCACCAACCCCGGUUACCAGGCUUACGUGAUUUUGAUUUCUCUCAUUUCUUUCUUCCUGCCUUUCCUGGCCAUCCUGUACUCGUUCAUGGGCAUACUGAACACGCUUCGGCACAACGCCUUGAGGAUCCACAGCUAUCCAGAAGGCAUUUGCCUCAGCCAGGCCAGCAAGCUGGGUCUCAUGAGUCUCCAGAGACCCUUCCAGAUGAGCAUUGACAUGGGCUUCAAAACACGUGCCUUCACCACCAUUUUAAUCCUCUUCGCGGUGUUCAUCGUCUGUUGGGCCCCCUUCACCACCUACAGCCUCGUGGCCACCUUCAGCAAGCCCUUCUACCACAAGCACAACUUUUUUGAGAUUAGCACCUGGCUGCUCUGGCUCUGCUACCUCAAGUCCGCAUUGAACCCCCUGAUCUACUACUGGAGGAUUAAGAAAUUCCACGACGCCUGCCUGGACAUGAUGCCCAAGUCCUUCAAGCUCCUGCCAAGGCUCCCCAGUCACACCCGGCGGCGGAUUCGCCCCAGCGCCGUGUAUGUGUGUGAGCACCGGACGGUGGUGUGA